CAACACGUCACCCGUGCGCAUGUGCUGAAGUUUGAUGUGAGUUUUGCGCGAGAGAGGUGAGUUGUUGCUGCCUCGAAGCUAACCGAAAUCUGCCUCGAAACUAACCGAAAUCUGCCUCGGUCCUAACCGAAAUCUGCCUCGGUCCUAACCGAAAUCUGCCUCGAUCCUAACCGAAAUCUGCCUCGGUCCUAACCGAAAUCUGCCUCGGUCCUAACCGAAAUCUGCCUCGGUCCUAACCGAAAUCUGCCUCGGUCCUAACCGAAAACCGCUUUCCUUCGCCGUCCGUUACUUUCAAACAUCUAGUUACGGUAGUUAGCAAAAGCUCAAAGCAGGAGACCUCGGAGAUGAUUCUUUCUAAGCGGAUAGACUAUGAACAUUUUGAGACUCAAAAUCUGGAAACACUGGGCCGUUACUUUAACAACACCCCUCCCAAUCAGCUGAAUCUGCAGGGUGAAUCUGCAGUAUUGUGUGAGGUGGGGAAGCUCCAUGCGUCCAUCCAGACUGAGUCGCUCAGCCUCCACCAAGGCCUCUGAAGCCUGGGGCUCCAGUGACCCUGCUGCCCAGCCGGGGAUGACGAGGAGGAGGAGGAGGAGUAGUAGUAGGCGGCGAGGGCAGGGUGAAGGGACAGGGCCGGACUGGGACUCUGCUGACUCAAGCAUCGUGAUCUCAGACGAGACCACGGAUCUUGACCUGAUUGACCAUCACCAUGGAAACCACAGUGUCUCAGAAUGUGGGUCACCACCGCUAGAGCUGUCAGUCAGCCAGGGGAAGGCUGUGAUUGGUGGAAAGGUGACAGGGCAGACGGAAAGAGGCGUAGAGUCAGACGCUGAAUCCUGCUGCUCAUUGGACAGCAUUGUCUCUGGCCCCUCCUUCAUGGUUCAAGGCACUCCACUAACUCUUCCCCCUGGUCUGUGUUUGACAUGUCAGAGACUUCACAGUGAAGCCCAGAGGGGAAGACCCACUCCGCUGGACAAACUAACAGACAAUGAUCCCACUUCCUUGUCAUGUGACCAAUGGGUUCUCAUGAAGAAGUGGACACCCAGAAGACCACAGAACAUCAAAGGGAGGCUGUGGAUCCAUCUGGGCCGGAUUAGACACAGAGAGCAGACCAGGGGAGAACAGCCAGCCUGCUCCAGACCACACAUUUUCCUACAGAGGAACCUGGGGAGAUAUGAGAACCAGGCUGUGAGCAGAGGGAGGAAGAGGAAGAAGAGGUCCAGAGGAAGUCGUCAGAGGGCGGGAACAUGCAUCCAAAGCAACAGUCUCAACCGCAGUGGUCUCCAUAGCAGCGCUCUCCAUAGCGAUCCUGAUGAAAAGGCGGAGAACAGCGAUGACAGCGGUCUGGAGCGUACACACAGGGUCCUCACCUUCCAGGUGGUCCCCCACACCGUUACCAUGGAAACACAGGAGGAGGCCACGCCCCCACAGGAGGAGGAGCCCAGGAAGAAGAGCGGCGGCUUCAGAUCCCAGCUGGCUCAGCUCCAUGCCAACCGCAGCCGCGUCGUCAGGGAAACACACACAUGACUGAUGACAUCACUGUCAGAUUCCAAAUAUGUUCUUUAUUGCCAUCCUUGAUUGUUUGUCAAUUCUCUACCUGCUUCUGCUGUUUGUUCUCCUUCAAGCAUGGCUGGAGGGAGUUACCAUCAUAUCUCUUCCAUUAGAGGGGACGUGCAUGGAGUUACUAUUUACACAGUGUCUCUUAUACUAGUUGAAUCUAGUUUUGAAUGUAAAUAAUAAUCUGCCUCGUUGUCAUGUUUCUGUUGAAGUUAGUUAUCUGUAUCAGAUCUUCCCUGUUUAUUUCACACUGAAGAAUACAUGUUAUUUUAUUGUAUCUCUUCUGUUCAGAGAUGAGGUCUCUACUACCAGACACAGCUGGGACAGUGCCCUCUACUGAUCUGGCCCGUAUUCAUAAACCUCAGAAUAGGACUGCUGAUCUAGGACCAGAUCAGAAUGAAGGGACAGGGGGUCCUGAUCCAAUUCAGAAGGGACAGGGGGUCGUAAUUCUAUUCAGAAUGAAGGGACAGGGGGUCCUGAUUCUAUUCAGAAGGGAGGGACAGGGGGUCCUGAUUCUAUUCAGAAUGGAGGGACAGGGGGUCCUGAUUCUAUUCAGAAUGGAGGGACAGGGGGUCCUGAUUCUAUUCAGAAUGGAGGGACAGGGGGUCCUGAUUCUAUUCAGAAGGGACAUGGGGUCCUGAUCCAAUUCAGAAGGGACAGGGGGUCCUGAUUCUAUUCUGGAGGGACAGGGGGUCCUGAUUCUAUUCAGAAGGGACAGGGGGUCCUGAUCCAAUUCUGAAGGGACAUGGGGUCCUGAUCCAAUUCUGAAGGGACAGGGGGUCCUGAUUCUAUUCUGAAGGGACAUGGGGUCCUGAUCCAAUUCAGAAUGAAGGGACAGGGGGUCCUGAUUCUAUUCUGAAGGGACAUGGGGUCCUGAUCCAAUUCAGAAUGAAGGGACAGGGGGUCCUGAUUCUAUUCUGAAGGGACAUGGGGUCCUGAUUCUAUUCAGAAUGUAGGGACAGGGGGUCCUGAUUCUAUUCAGAAUGGAGGGACAGGGGGUCCUGAUUCUAUUCAGAAUGGAGGGACAGGGGGUCCUGAUUCUAUUCAGAAUGGAGGGACAGGGGGUCCUGAUUCUAUUCAGAAUGGAGGGACAGGGGGUCCUGAUUCUAUUCAGAAUGGAGGGACAGGGGGUCCUGAUUCUAUUCAGAAGGGAGUGACAGGGGGUCCUGAUUCUAUUCAGAAUGGAGGGACAGGGGGUCCUGAUUCUAUUCAGAAUGGAGGGACGGGGUCCUGAUUCUAUUCAGAAUGUAGGGACAGGGGGUCCUGAUUCUAUUCAGAAUGAAGGGACAGGGUCCUGAUUCUAUUCAGAAUGUAGGGACAGGGGGUCCUGAUUCUAUUCAGAAUGAAGGGACAGGGUCCUGAUUCUAUUCAGAAUGAAGGGACAGGGUCCUGAUUCUAUUCAGAAUGAAGGGACAUGGGGUCCUGAUCCUAUUCAGAAUGAAGGGACAUGGGGUCCUGAUCCUAUUCAGAAUGAAGGGACAUGGGGUCCUGAUCCUAUUCAGAAUGAAGGGACAUGGGGUCCUGAUCCUAGAUCAGCAUUCCUAUUCAGAGAUGCUUUUUGAAUAUUGACCAAGGCUUGACGUUGCGAUGAAUUUGCUAGUGCCAACUGAAAGCUACUGGCUCGAAUGGGAAAUAAUAUACUGUCCUGGGUUGACAUCUGACAUAAACUCAGCCAACUGUGUCUAUUUUCAGAAAACUUAACAUGUGUAAAUAUUUGUAUGAACAUAAGAUUCAACAACUGAGACAUAAACUGAACAAGUUCCACAGA